AUGGGCUGCCAGCAGCCCGAGCCUGCCGCGCUGCCCGCCGCCUGCACCGACAGCACCCGCGCGAGAGAGCUGUACAAGUACUUCCAACCGCCGCGCGUCCACCAGAACCUCGCCUCUACCCUACCCUCGGCCAGCCCGGACACGGUGCUCACCGCACAUGCCCAGCUCGUCGCCUGGCGAUUGAAUGUCCAACGCGUCCUCAUCAGUCUGAUCGACCGCGAGACGCAGUACUUCGUGGCCGAGAGCACCAAAACCCUCGACCUCGCCGACAGCGACCAGAGCGAGGUCCCCGAGGAUGCCAUAUGGGCCGGCGGGCAGUGCAAUUUGAGCGUGCCCAAGCGCGGCCGCUUGUGUGAACACACGCUUGAACAGGUGCCGAGUGCUGAUGGCACGCCUGCUUCCUUCGAGGUCCUGGACCUUACCAAGGAUGGCCGAUUCAGUUCGUUGCCAUUCGUGGCUGGCGAGCCGCAUUUCAGGUACUAUGUUGGUGUACCAUUGAAGACGAAGAAGGGCAUCCCGAUCGGCUCUCUUUUUGCCAUGGACGUCAAAGUGCGCGAGCCGCUCAAGACGUCGGGUUUGAAAUUUCUGACCAUCAUGGCGAGUAAUGUCAUGGCCCAUUUGGAGCUCAUGAAGGAGAAGGAAGACCGCAAGCGCGCCGUCAACAUGAACAUGUGUCUUGCCGCCUUCGUGGAUCCUGAGCACCCGCUCCGUAAGCGUAAGCGCACCGUCAGUCACCAGAGGAUGCGCAGUCACAAACUUGCGACCUUUGCCGAGCACAAGGCCGCCCUGAACGUCAGGGCAGAAGAAAGGAGCGAGUCCAUUGCAAGUCCGAAAUUGCCCGGAACACCCAGGUCAACGAGGAGCAGCCGCCGUAGCAACGGCUCCAGGAAACAAGACGCGGAAGCCGCGCAUUCCGGUGGCGAUUCCGAAAGCGAAACGAACUCCAGGAUCGGUGACACUGAUCACCCUGAGACGUUUGAGCGCGCCUCAAAGGGCUUGUUCGACUCCUUGUCGUUGCGCGGUGGUGGAGGCGUCGUUUUCAUGAGCACUACCGCCGGCCUCCGUCCAGAUGGCAUGCCCAUACCCUCAGCAAAACCUUCCCUGGACGAUUUGAGAGAGGUUUCUAUGCAGCACCGGGACUCCGUUGGCAGUCUGACUGAAUUUCCCAUGGAGAGCGCACCGUCCCACGUGGAUUCCGGCCAUUCCGUGGACAUCCUGGCCCAUGCGGUCUCGCAUCCCAGCCAUCACGGCGAUCAAGAGAGCGAUCAGCAAGAUGUCUCACCACUCUCGCCCGACGAACUCACAAAGCUGAUCCGGCGUCACCCUCGAGGAAAACUCUACAGCUUUGGUGACGAUGGUCUCAGUCAGGGCUCUUCAGGAGAGGAAUCGCACCCAGCAGAUUACUCGCCACUUUCGCCUGGCACCAAGCGAAGACCGCCAUCCAGAAGUGAGGCCGCCAUACUCGCCAAACAUUUUCCAGGGGCACGCCAGGUCAUUUUCGUUCCUUUCUGGGACGUUCAAAUCGAGUCAUGGGUCGCAUGCUUUGCUUACAACACUUCGGAUUUCCGCACUUUCGGCCACAACCCGGAUUUCCUUCAUGCCAUAGCUUUCUGCUGCUGCAUCAUGACCGAGGUUGCCCGUCUUGCAACCCUGGCUUCGGAUCAGCAGAAGAGCGAUUUCAUCGGAUCAAUUUCGCACGAACUCCGCUCGCCCCUGCACGGCAUCCUGGCAUCGUGCGAAUUCCUGGAAGACACCGACUGCUCUUCGUACCAGAAGUCGUUGGUAUCAACGGCCGAUAGCUGUGCGAGGACGCUUUUGGACACCAUCAACAUGGUCCUGGACUACUCCAAGAUCAACUCGUUUGAAAGGAACAUUCGGAAAGCAAAGAAAUCGCGCAAGGACAUGAGCACGCAAAACACGGUACAUCCGGCAAUGCAACAACCGUCGCUGAACAUCUAUGACGCCGUCGACCUCGCAGCCAUAAUGGAAGAGGUUGUUGCUGGCGUGGCGUUAGGUCACGCUUUCCGAGACAUUACCACUUUCGAAGGGCCCGAUGACAAGCUUCAAGGCACGCCCAACCGCAAUCUGGGUGAAUUGGAAACCGCCGUCUCAACAGUAGCAACGAGACCAGCCGUCGAGAUUAUCAUGAGCAUCGAUGCAUGUCGGUGGGAUUUCGUUACACAGCCAGGGGCGGUCAGACGUAUCGUCAUGAACCUUUUCGGUAAUGCGAUCAAGUAUACCCGACAGGGCUUCAUCCGUGUGAGUCUAAGUGCCAAGGAUAUUAGGGAUCCGCCGCCGCAAAGCGUGAACGGCAGCCAGGACCCUCCUGCCACCAGUAUCGUCACUCUGACGAUAUCCGACUCUGGACAAGGUAUCUCGCCCGAGUAUCUCAGGACCAAGCUUUUCACCCCCUUCGCCCAGGAAAACCCACUCAACCCCGGAACCGGCCUCGGUCUCUCUUUGGUGAGAUCUCUCGUCGAUACUCUCAACGGCGACAUCAACGUCAGGAGCGUGCUUGGGGUCGGCACAGAGGUAGUGGUGACCUUACCGAUGGUCAAGAGUGGUGGCAGCAGUGGCACUGGCUCGACCACAACGCCUGCAUCAGUGCCUGCUUCAACUGUGAGCACCACGGGCACGGGGAGCACGGGGAGCAGCGGCGUCCACCGACCCAUUCACUCUUGUCUAAACUCCGUCAGGCUAGCUGCGUCAGGCAUGACCGCAGCCCUGUUCAGGCCACCGGACUACGAGAAACUUACCAACCCUCUCACCGCCCGUGCGUUGGAAAUUUCGAGCUCAGCACUCGAGGGUUUCCUGAGAGACUGGUAUGGCUUUUUGAACGUUGUGAAUUGGAGUCCUGAAGUCCAAGCCGACCUUAUCGCGGUUGACGAGGUUGAUCUACCAUAUCUUCUGGAGCUUUGCCCAAGCUUCAAAGGUAGCUUGGAAGAUGGACCCAUACUCCUCGUCAUCCGCGCCGGUUCUGGGAGGUGUUCGGCCACAGACCAACUGAUGAAGCACGUAAACCUGGAGUAUCUAUCCAGGCCCGUCGGUCCAUACAAGCUGGCCAAGGCUCUGCAGAACGUCAUGGAGAAACGGGCAAGGAAGUGCAACCCUGGAAGUGUCGCAGACUCCGUACUCUCGCUGGAUGCCAUGGACGAUGCUGAUGAGGUGGUGACUCACGUCGAGCAAAUAACGUUGAAUACCAGCCACAAUGGCGAACCAGAAACCAUGAAUGUCCUCCUCCAGGGGGAAAUCCUCGGCAACGACGAGAGCAUGAAUGCUCACAUGGCGCUGGACACAUUGCCUUCCCCCGAUGCCGUCCCACCCGUCGAACUAAACGAAGAAUUCCCAUUUCCCGAUCCUACACCUACACCUACACCGGCACCAGUACCCGCAAAGGAAGAUGGUGGUAUAACAUCUCCUUCCUUCAUGUCAGCCGAAGAAGGCCGGCCUCACAUCCAGCACAGCCGCACAAUGUCCUGGACUCCGCAAGAACGGCUCCAACACGAAGCGCCACAGGCUUCUCCGAUGAGCUCACAGGGCCUCAGUGUCACGACCAGUCUUCCCCCUCCUCCUACCGUGCCCGACGCCGCCAGACCCUCCAUCGCUGGCCCCGCCGCCAACGUCAGACAAUCCUCCAACGACACCAGCGGUACCAUCACGCCGAGCCGCCAAAAGAGCGUCAGCCGCCGCGGCUCCAAAACACCCACACCCAGCACCGCCUCGAACGGCGCGCGCAUGCCACGUCUGCUCCUCGUCGACGACAAUGCGGUCAACCUCCGACUACUACAGACGUUCAUGCGCAAGCGCGCGUACUCUGCCGUCUACUCAGCCGCCGACGGCGCCCAGGCCGUCGCCGUAUUCGAAUCACUACUCUUCAACACCACCCCCACCGCCACCACCACCACCACCACCACCGACGCCCCACCAAACGGCCACACCCCAUCCCCAUCCCCACCCGCCUCCCCACCACCCCCGACCCCGCCAGACAUCGUCUUCAUGGACAUAUCCAUGCCCAUCAUGAACGGCUUCGAAGCCACGCGGCGCAUCCGCGCCCUCGAGGCCGACUUCGCCGCCGCCCGCCCGCCCCACGCCCGCCCGCCGCCGGCCCUCAUCGUCGCCCUCACCGGCCUCGCCAGCGGCCGCGACCAGAGCGAGGCCUUCACCAGCGGCUUCGACCUCUACAUGACCAAGCCCGUCAGCUUCAGGGAGGUGGGCCGCCUGCUGGACAAUUGGGUCGCGAACGGCGGCGUCGGCGAGGGCAGGGACGGCGUCGCGGUCGGUGGUGCUGCUGCUGCGGGGGUGGGGAUGGGGAUCCCGCCGGCGGCGGCGGCGGCGGCGGCGGCUGUGGGGGGUAGUAGGGGGGAGGACGGCGGGGGCAUGGUGGGGAUGGGGAAGGGAGGGGCGGCGGCGAUGCAGGUGAUGGUGCCGUUUGGGCCGGUGGUGGGGGAGGUGUGA